GGCAGCGCCUCCAUUGUGGCAUAAGGGGGCGGGGUGUCUGAUAACUCCGCCCACUCGCCCAGUGUCGGGCGCAGACCUUACUGAGCGAGGCGCCAUUUUACGCUGCUGCCGCCGCUGCCACCAAGACUGGAGGGGAACUCGUUGACUGGAGGCAAUACUAGGAGAAGGUCGGGGCUCACCGCUCCUUACUCGGAUUCCCACUCGUUUAAUCCGCCUACCGCGUUAGAAACGCGCCGACAUGAGCGACGUCGAGGAGAACAACUUCGAGGGAAGGGAGUCUCGCUCCCAGUCAAAAUCUCCAGCUGGGAGUCCUGCUCGUGUAAAAUCUGAGAGCAGGUCAGGAUCUCGUAGCCCAUCAAGAGCUUCUAAACAUUCUGAAUCGCGCUCUCGAUCAAGAUCAAAAUCCAGGUCCAGAUCAAGAAGGCAUUCUCACAGGCGUUACACUCGCUCUAGAUCCCAUUCUCAUAGAAGGCGAUCACGAAGCAGAUCAUACACCCCAGAGUAUCGGCGUCGAAGGAGUCGCAGUCAUUCUCCUAUGUCUAACCGAAGAAGGCACACUGGCAGCAGAGUAUGUAGUAUAUUGAAGAAAUUAACAAGACCUGGCCGAUUAAACGAAGUUGUUCUUGAACAGGAAAGAAAAUUGGAGGCUAAUCCAGAUCCUAAUACAUGUCUUGGAGUGUUUGGCCUCAGUUUGUAUACUACUGAGAGGGAUCUUCGUGAAGUCUUUUCUCGUUAUGGGCCUUUGAGUGGUGUCAAUGUGGUUUAUGAUCAACGAACUGGGAGAUCAAGAGGAUUUGCUUUUGUUUACUUUGAAAGAAUAGAUGAUUCUAAAGAGGCAAUGGAACAUGCAAAUGGAAUGGAGUUGGAUGGCAGGAGGAUCCGGGUGGAUUAUUCUAUUACAAAGAGAGCACACACACCCACUCCUGGAAUCUACAUGGGCAGGCCAACCCAUAGUGGAGGUGGCGGUGGCGGUGGAGGAGCUGGCCGUCGCCGUGAUUCCUAUUACGACAGAGGAUAUGACCGGGGAUAUGACAGAUAUGAAGAAUAUGAUUACCGUUACAGGAGGCGGUCACCUUCACCUUACUAUAGUCGUUACAGAUCACGGUCAAGAUCUCGUUCCUACAGCCCACGGCGCUAUUGAAGAAGAGAAGCUACAGUUGCAAAUACAGUUUUUAAACAGCAAGUUCUGAACUUAGCUUUUCCCAUAGAUCCCCUGCAGUUAUCUGAAUCCUAUUAAAAGAUCCUUGGUUCAUUUAGAAUAUAUGUAUUUUUCAGUUGAAAUACCAGUUUUCCAUCUCUUCUUAUUGUAAUACUCCAGGUGUAAUUGUUGUAGCUUUAUGUACUUAAAAUAUCUUUAAGCAGAAACUAAAUAGGAAUCCCAAAGUGGUAAUAUGUUUUGUAAAUCAUUCUUUUUUUUUAAGCGAGUGGACUUUUGUUGAGCGUAAUGGGGAGGGAAGAAAGAAGUGUGUGUUAAAGCCUGCAUGUUGUAUUUCAGUAGAAACCUACUAUUUUAAUGAUCUGUUCAUCUUUCUGCGUGUUACUUUCGGGGAGGAAAGUGUUGUCCUGUAUCUUCAGUUAUAGCACAAGUCAGUACAUAGCCCUAAAAGAGAGCAUUGUCAUUCAUUGUUCUAAAUGUAAUAGUUACAUGACAUUGGAGGGAAUUCUUUUAAAAAAAAAAGUGUACAUUACAAAUUCCACCUUGGGACGUGUUCAACAUUAUCUCAAUGCUAAUAUUGGUGACAUUUGAAAUUUGGUUAACAUUAAACUGACUUCUCUGAAAAAAUAUUCUUUUGUUUGCCCCAUAAUCAGGACGGGCCUAUUUCAGUGAGCAUAGAAAAUAUUUGAUCUGUUUACAACCGUUCUAUAUGGAAUUAAAAUUAUGGUUGAGCAGGUUCUAUUUGGUACUAUGAAUUGAAAAAUUAUUACUUUGCUUUUCAGAAUAAAUUUAAAUUCUACCAGUGAA